GCAGAAACUUGAUUCCGUCCAUUGACAGAUCGUGGUAAGGAGAGGGUUUUUACAGAUUACCGGCGUCACAUUUCACCUCUUACAUUACAUGAAGUUGUACCCGAAGUUUUUCUUGGUAUUGUUAAUACCGUGCGGUUGGUUUAACCUCAGUCAGAAAGCUAAUGGUGUGGUUAUACGGCUAACAAAGCUAACCAACGGUUAUUUGGCGGUGCGUCUUUGAAAUCAGUCCUUCCCAUAACCACACCACUGGGUUUCCAGCUGUGGUUCAGACAUCGCGCAGAGGAGGACACGCAGGAAACAUGACGAGUUUUGCCAGUAAAACGUUUUGCAGGGUCGAGAGGGUGUGUCGCCACCUCCCCGUUGCCCUGAACACUUUCCUGGUCUUCUCCAUCACCGGGGAGGUGAGCUACUUGGUCCUGGUCGAGGCUCCGCUUGAGGCGGACCAGAAGAAGACGGAGUGGUCCGCCUGGUGGAAGGUCGUGCACCUGCUGGCCCAGUACUUUAUGCUGGGAAACAUCUGCUGGAACGCCCUGCUCUUCGUUAAAACCAGCCCCAGCAUCAAGGGGGUGUUCCUGGGAGGAGAGGGGGUGGGUCAGGGUUGGAGGUACUGUUAUACAUGUGAGACACACACUCCUCCUCGCUGCUCCCACUGCUAUGACUGCAAAGUGUGUGUGCUGCGGCGGGAUCACCACUGUGUCUUUUUUGGCCAGUGUGUGGGCUUCCGUAACUACCGCUUCUUCCUGAGCUGCUUGUUGUUCAUGUGGUCUGGGCUCCUCUACGCCACGCUGAUGAACGCAGAGGUCUUCAUCGUCAUACUGAAGGAGGGGGUGACUGUGCACAGCGUCCUGCUACUGCUCAUACCCUGGAUCAUGCUUGUUUCAGGCCAGGUCUCGGCCCGUGCCUUUGCCUUCGCUUUCAUUGCUGACACAUGUGUGGUGGGCUUCCUGCUGGUGUCAGCCUUCUUCUUCUUCCAUCUCUUCCUGAUGUUUCGGGGACAGACCACAAGGGAGUGGUACUCAUCCCGCCGACCCUACAGCCUGGGACUCCUGGGCAACAUGCGUCACACCCUGGGCCUUCGCUGGUACCUCUGCUGGCUUUGCCCGCUCAUCCCAUCACCUCUACCUGGAGAUGGGAUAAGCUUUCAGGUUACAGGAUCACUGGAACCUGCCCGGUAACAGCUUAAAAGUCUGAAUAUUAACAGGCUGUGUCCUUACUUUAUUGGUGAUAGUUAAUGUUAUUGGGGAGCAGCAGCAGGGAAUAUCACCUCAGUUCAAGAGGAGAUAGCUUGGGAUGGGAAGAAGCUAGAACGGUGUGUGGUUGUUAAAGGUGUUACUGGGUAUAACUGUCUACCAGUAUCUUCUCCUCAUCCUUUACCUCUGCUGAGACAAAGAAAUUGUGGGCCUACUUUGGAAGGUACAUUGUCCUUGACCUAAAGGUAAUCUGUACACUCAUUGAGGCUGGCCUCAUAAUAUUACCACAGAAAUGAGCAGUGGUUCUUUGGGUUUUAGCACUAAAAUAUGUAUGUAAACAACACUGAAAUGAGAAUGUAUUCUAUUGAUAAUGAAAAGUUUUAAAUCCUCAUUAACAGGAUGGAGGAACAACUCGUAAUUACUGAUUAUGACUCCUGGGUAGUCAUCCUCUUGGAAUCAAUGACUUCUUAACUGGGAGUCUUUCUUAUACAGAUAAACUGCCUAAAUCUGAAGGUCGAACAAACUUGGCUUGCACUGUUUAUAAAAUACACCAUUAUUAGCUUCCUAUCUGCUUUUGUGUGUUUGCUGCAAUGAACAUGAUGUGCGUAUACCUUCGACUCCUGAGAUGAGAUUAUUACACAGAACUUUAUCCCACAUGGGACAAUGAGAAAAAUUACAGUUAAUGUCUUAACAUCUACAAGACAGCAUGUGUGUUAGAGAACAAUCGACAGAAAUUGUACAUCUAGUGUUGCAGUCUACAGACUAAUGUAAGGGCAUUUAGUGAAUGCAGUAUUUAAAAUCUACUUAUGGACACUUUUCACGUUUCGGUCAGUCAGGUACUAUUACAAACAAAAUUUACAGUGUAACAAGAUGGCGUCAAUCAAACUGUGACUUCAGAAUUCCACUGGUAAUUAAAUUUAAUGAAAAAGCAAUGUUUUUCCAAAAGAUUGUUAGUCAGUUCUUUUUUGUUUUCUGAUGUGUUCCUGGCGCUCUUUCACCUGACUGUUUUUGAGUAUAUUUUAUUUAAUCACUCUUCUGGUGUGAAAACACUACAUACUGAAAAACCUGUAAGUAGUAUGGAUUAGGAACAAGAUGAACAUGUUUUACAGCACUUGAUGCCAGCAUCUUAACUUUUGUUGCCUCAUUACAACACCCUCCAGCCUCACACCCACCCCUCUCACCACAGGUGCACUUACUUACCAAAAACUAUUAUUUGUCAGUAUUGUUAGUUGUUUCGCCAAAUAUGUAUGUCUGCUUAAUUUCUUUUUUUCCUGCUUUUUCAUAUGGCUCACACCAUUUGAAUUUCUUUUUGCCAUUUGAGAGUGAUGAAAUUUAUUGUGUCGAGGGAUGUGCAGAACUAUUUAAAAAUGUUUCAUUAUUUUGUACUCUGAAAAUGUAUGUGGUGUAAGUUUUGUUGUAAUAAUUAAAUUUGAGUUUGAAAACUU